GGUCAGUUGCAUGCUAGAGAGAGCUGUCUGCUAUCUUCAUCUUAGGACAACAUGUAGACGUCUAAGAAGCUAUGAACGUGUCUUUUCAAACAAAAUCUAGACACGGUUACUCGGUUGAAUUCUCACCGUAUUACCCAAAUCGUCUAGCAUGUGCCACAUCUCAAUAUUAUGGUCUGGCAGGUUGCGGGACACUGUUUGUUCUGGAUACAACUCCAAAUGGCCUUGUCCCAUUGCGGGUAUACCAGUGGAAUGAUGGUCUGUUUGAGGUUACCUGGUCUGAAGACAAUGACAAUGUGUUAGUGACAGCAGCUGGUGAUGGCAGUGUCUUAUUGUGGGAUGUUUCUCAUCCUCAGGGUCCACUGAAGGCACUUAAAGAACACACUAAAGAGACUUACUCCGUACACUGGAGCCAGACAAGGAAUGAGAACUUUGUGAUCAGUGGGUCAUGGGACAGUCUUAUCAAACUGUGGGACAUCUCUCAACCAAACUCUCUAGCCACCUUUUCAGGUCAUAGGUCAAUGGUUUACUCUGUGAGAUGGUCACCGCAUAUCCCAGGGUGCUUUGCUUCAGCGUCAGGUGACCAGACGCUGUGUGUAUGGGAUGUCAGAAAGCCACAGUUUGCUCAGACUGUGAUUCCUGCUCAUGAAGGGGAGGUUCUCAGCUGCGAUUGGUGUAAAUAUGACCAGAAUAUGUUGUUCAGUGGGUCUGUGGACGGUACAAUACGAGUGUGGGACAUCCGAAAUCCUCAAACACCACUCAAUCAACUCCUGGGACACAAAUUAGCUGUGAGGAGAGUCAAGGCCUCCCCUCAUUCUGGAAACAUCCUGGCUUCCUGUUCUUAUGAUUUCACAACUAGGGUUUGGGAUAUGACUGGCCCUGCUGCCUUGGAGGUGAUUGAACACCACACAGAGUUUGUGUAUGGCCUAGACUUUAACCUCCACAUUCCUGGACAGAUCGCAGACUGUGGCUGGGAUGAAAUGGUUCAUGUCUUCUCCCCUCGAACACUGAAGCCAUAAACAUUUGCCUCAUCCGAUAUGGACUAGAGCUCAGAUGAAGUAUUAUAACUGUACAUCUUUUCACCAGCAAACUGCAGUUGUAAUCCUCCAUAUGCUUUGAUAGAUAGCUCGCUGGUUGGGAUGAGGUGGUCCAUGUUUACUUUUUUCACUCACUGCAACCAUAAACACAAACAACAUGGAGUAACUGAGUGGACGUUAUAGUAAGUGUUGCACAUCAUAUCCAGUGCAGACUCCUACCUCUCUGGAUGAUAAACUAUUAAUAACUUGGACAAUGCUGUGAGCAUCUACCACCCAUCCACUGCUAUUUUAACCUACUAAACAGAAAUCUCAUCAUCCCAGGACAUAUAACUGUAGCAAUAAUAAUCAAACUACUGCCGUAUUACUUGUUUUAAAUAGGUCAAAAAGAAAUACUACUUUUUCACAAGAAGUUACAUAGAAGCUUCUAAAACUCUGUCAUUGAUAUUGUAUCAAGCAUCACAGACAUGAAAAUAAGACUUGUCAUACCGGUAGUUGUUUAGUUAUUCUAGAAUGAUCAGGUAUAUUAUUGAUAUGAUUAGUUUAAUUUGUAGUGAACAGUAGCAUAAUAAUUAUGUUUUUUAUAUCGUCUGUAGAGUAUUGAAAGUUCCUGGAUGUUGAGCAUUCAGCAAAUAACAGCUGAAUUAUUGGAUUGUUUAUCAAUCACAAUUUAUGUUAAGCUUUUAUUUACAAAAAAUGAGAGGAAGCCUUCUUUUCAAUUAAUAUUCGACAGGUCAGGAUAACCUAUAGUCAUUGUACUUCCUCCAUUGUCGUACAUCUUCGAUCAUGUGUAAACUUUUCAUUCAAAUGACUUUUUCUCAUUAACCAGAAGGCUCGGGGAACUGAUAUUGACUCUGUAGCAUGCUUGGAUAAAGCUUUACCAAGUUUGUUCAAAUAUAUGACCUUGACCUACUUUCAUACGUCUUCGAUCAUGUGUAAACUUUUCAUUCAAAUUACUUUUUCUCAAUAACCAGAAGGCUUGGGGAAUUGAUAUUGACUUGAUAUUAGGCCUGUAGCAUACUGGGGUGAAUGCUACAAAGUGUGUUCAAAUGAAUGACUUUUACCUACAUUUAGGAUCACAUUGGUGAAAUAGGCUAAAAUCUUCAAAUGACUUCUUAAUAACCAUGAGGACCAGGGACUUGAUAUUGGGUCUGUAGCGUGCUUAUGUGAAAUGCUACCAUAUUUGUUCAAAUGAAUAUCCUUGAUCUUCAUUCAUAGUCACAUGGGUCAGAUAGGAUAAAAUCUUUAAACAAGUUAUUCUCAAUGACCAUGGCUUACAUGAAAGGUCACAGGGGCAAAUCAAAUAGGUUUAAGUCUUUAAACAGUGAUUUCUCGAUAGCCAAGAGACUCGGAUACGUGAUAUUAGGCCAAUAGUAUGCUGGAAUGAAGGACUAGAAAAUGUAUUAACAUGAAUAAAGCUAUCCAACUCUUUGAAUAAAGUGAUAAUCAGCGACGUUUCUGCAGAAAUGACCUAGAUAAACUUUAUAGUUGCUGUAGAGCAAGGUGAGUAAUACAGACCCAUUGGGCCUCUUGUUGCAUCUUUCUGAUCUUGCACCAAGAAAUGCCCCUUUAUUUACUUGCUAUAGUAGUAUAAUGUACUCAAAGUAGUCAGAUGACCAUUAAGGCCUGUUGGGCCACUUGUGUAAAAAGAGGUGUUUUAUUAAUCUAAGUGAUCAUUACAUACAGACUGUUUUCUUCAUUUCACAACAAUUAAUUAAAUAAAUCAAUGGGUAUUUGGCAACAGGCUAUGCCUAUAUUUCAGCUCUCUCUCAAAAUCAAUUCCUACUUUUUACAAGACAUGCUGUUUGUUACUUUGCAAUAUUAUUAAUGUGCGAUAAAAGAUGGUUGUGUAUUAAAACUCACCAUACCUGCAUGUUAAGAUUUUAUUCAUUGUUAUUAAAUAUCUGAUUAUAUGUGAUUUAUGCA